AUGGAUUUCGCCAAUUUAUUAGAAUUAGCUAAGCAAAACAGUGAAGAUGCCAGUAAACAAGCAUCAGUCAAGAGGUAUAGCACCAGCUUAAAACCAUCAAAGAAAUUAGAAAAAGGAAACGUCAAGUCUAGUGCAAUAAAAGCUUUUCUUGCUCGUAAAGAAGUAGAAGAAAAAGUAAAAGAAAAAGAAGCUUAUUAUAAGAAAGAAGAGUUACUUUCUAUUCGAUCACAAAAUUCUAAAAACAGUAAAAAAGCAAAAUUAAUGGCAUCAAGGACUAAAGAUAAUGAUUUUAGUAAAAUUAGAUUAACAACUGAAGAAGAGGAUGCUAAAAAGAAAAUAGAUCAUGAAAUUCAAAAGAGAAUGAUUUCUGAUAAGAUAGAAAGGAUGAAAGCUAGAAUUGAAUUAGAAGAAAAAGAAAAAUUAUUACCUCGUAAACGGAAAAGAAAGUCUAAAGCAAAUGAAAAUAACAAUGAUUCAGUUCAGGUAAACGAGCAAAUUGAAGAUUUUUCGGACUAUGAAAGGUUGAAAGUAGAAGAGAAGAAAAUGCAACGUUCAUCGGGUCAACCGAUGAAUUUUCAUGAUUUAUUAAAACUUGCCUCCCAAAAACAGCACGAGCCUAUAGAACUGCCUAAAGUUGUUAAAAAAGAAGAAAGACCAAUGACAGAAAAAGAAAAAAGAAGGUAUGAAGAGGAACAAUUGAGGAAAAGAGGUAUUAGUGUUUAUACGUUACCUGAUAUCAAUCGACAAAAAUCAAAACAGAAAAAACUGACUUCUUCUAAUGGUGAUACAAAGCAAUAUUCUUAA